AUGGAGCUGCUCCUGGUGAUGUUGCUGGCGAUGCUGGACGUCCUGCAUUCACAAGUGCCUCUGCACAUCAUGGUUCCCCAGAGGGUGCUCUCAAACACAACUGGAGAGACGGACACGCAGUCCUACAUCCUCUCAGUGGAAGGGCGGCCGUACACCAUUCACAUCAAGCAGCAGUUCUUUUUACCUGCUGAUUUCAGCAUUUACACAUACAAUGAGACAGGAUCGUUGCGCUCUGAUUCACCCUAUAUCAAGGGCGACUGCUACUACCGUGGCUACAUCGAGGGCAUUCCUGGCUCAGCAGUGACCCUCAGCACAUGCAUGGGGCUCAGGGGCCUGCUGCAAUUCCACAAUGCCAGCUACGGGAUCGAGCCGCUGGGCUCCUCGCCCUCCUUCCAGCACGUGGUUUAUCCCGUGAGCAGUGGGGCUGCAGUUGAGGCUCUGCUCCCACACGGCCACCUUGGGGUCAGCAGGGAUGCGCUGGCGGCUGACGGCAGCUCUGACACAGCACAACCAGCUCUGAAACUACUGUCGAAGCACCGCAGAGAGGUGUUGCUCCAUGUGGUUCUGGAAAAGAGUUUGUACAAGCACCUGGGGGACGACCAAUACAUCGCGUCACAGAAGGUGGUUCAGCUCAUCAGCUUCCUCGACAGCAUGUUCAGCUCCCUGAAUGUGACCGUGACGUUGUCCUCUAUGGAGGUCUGGAGGUUGAGGAACAAAAUUCAGACCACGGGGGCUGGAGAAGUGGUGCUGCUGCGCUUCUUGGAUUGGAAGAGGGGCAGCGCAAUCCUGCGGCACUACGUAGUGCCCUACCUGCUGAUGUACCGGGAGCAGGCUGACUUUGUGGGUGCGACCUCUCCGGGGAUGCUGUGCCGCAGUGAUGCAUCUGGUGCUGUGGCCGUGCUGCAGCGUGCCGUGACUCUGGAAUCGUUCUCCGUCGUCCUGGCGCAGCUGCUGGGGCGCAGCCUGGGCAUGGGGUUUGAUGAUGGCCGGGGCUGCCGCUGCCCCACACACACCUGUGUCAUGGAAUCGAAAGCAUUACGCAUCGGUGGGGCAAAGACCUUCAGCAGCUGCAGCGCUGCGGACCUGGAGCAGUUCCUGUGGCAAAACCCAGAGUGCCCCUUCCUCGGUGUCCUGCAGGUGCACCCCGACCCCAGAACCGCCGUCUGCGGCAACGGCGUGGUGGAGCACGACGAGCAGUGCGACUGCGGUGGCGAUGUGUUCAUAGUGUGCAUGCAGGCGUGUGCCGUGGAUGCGUGCUGCACUACGCAGUGCAAGCUGAAGCCCGGCUCGGAGUGUUCCUUGGGACUGUGCUGUGAAAAAUGCCAGUUCAAAGCUCCCAACACUCCGUGCCGCCCCUCCGCCGACGCUCAGUGCGAUCUGCCCGAGUUCUGCAACGGUUCCUCUGCCUCCUGCCCCCCUGAUGUCUACGUGCAGGAUGGGCACAGCUGUGAGCACAGCACAGGCUACUGCUACCAGGGGCAUUGCCAGUCUGCUGAGCUGCAGUGCCAGCGGCUCUAUGGGAGAGGUGCAAAAAACGCCCCUUUGGCGUGUUAUGAAGAAAUCAACAGUCAUCAGGAUAGGUUUGGGCACUGUGGCAAUCGGCUGCUGGAUGGCUACCAGCCCUGCUCCUGGCUGAAUCUGGGCUGUGGAAAGCUCAUCUGCACAUACCCAAAUCAAGUUCCCUUCACCAAAUUAAAGGGUGCCAUCAUUUAUGCUCAAGUGCAAGGACAUCUGUGCGUGUCUUUUGAUGUCAUGCAUGCACCCAGUGAGGCAGAUCCUCUCCUGGUUAAGGACGGCACAAAAUGUGGUCCUGGAAAGGUGUGCAUGAAUGGCACGUGCCACCCACACUCCAUUCUGAACUAUGACUGCAAUGCAGAGAAAAAAUGCCAUGGGCACGGGGUGUGCAAUAACAAGAAAAACUGCCACUGCAAGCCAGGCUGGAAUCCACCCCACUGCAGCACGCGGGGAUCUGCGCUGGGUGGCAGCACUGACAGCGGGCAGCGGCUGCGGGAAAUGGAGAGCCAUGCCCCGAAGGUCUCUCCGAAGGUUAUGCUGAAAAACGCGCUGCUGCUGAGCUUCUGCCUCCUCGUCCCCAUCCUCAUCUGCAUCGUCAUCCUGAUCAUGAAGUGGAGCCGACUGAUGCGGCGCUGUGCCAGGAGUGAGGUGGAAGCUGCUGACUCCACCGACGAGGAGACCAGCAGCAUCGGGAGCAACGAGAGCAGCGGGAGCAGCCAGAGCAGCCGUGCGGGGAUGGAGCCGGAGCCGGAGCGUGGCUCGGGGCAGCGCGCGGGGGAUUCACGCGAGCAAUGCGGCCGUGCGCUGCGCCCGACGGCUGUGGGUAGGGAUGGAGGGGGCACCCGGAGCAGCAGCAGUGCAGUUUCCCUUCUGCACGGACGCUCUUUGAGGCCUCUUGCUUUCCUUGGGAUGCUCUUCCGCCCCUGGGGAGCGCAUGGAACCUCAGCUGACGGUGCGCUGAGGCCGGGAGGAGCGGCCACCAAAUGCCGUCGGUUCGGUGCUCGUUCCUCGGAACCUGCGGGGAUGGGACGGGACCACAGCGCUCAGCUCUGGUGCCCGGCGCUGUUUCUGCUCCCUGCUGCUCCCCACACAGCAGGCACCGCGCUGAUGGUGCGGCUUCACUGCUUCCAGCGCGACUGUUUCUAUGAGGGCUACGUGGAGGGUUUCCCAGGGUCACUCGUGGCACUCAGCACCUGCUCCGGGCUCAGUGGGAUCCUGCAGCUCGCCAACACCAGCUAUGGGAUCAAGCCUCUGGAGGCUGCAUCUGGAUACCAGCACCUCGUUUAUCAGAUGGAGGGGGAAAACGUGGGCACGCAGCCGCUGGGAGGAAGCAGCUCCCUCGCCUGGGCUGCAGAGGUGUCCCUACAACCAUGGGAUGGAGCGGCGAAGGAAGCUGUUCCUAAGUCCCCUCGGUAUCUGGAGAUGCAUGUCAUUCUGGACAAAGCUCUGGUGAGUUUGCAUCUUCUCCAUCUUAAAUUGUUUUCCCUAGGAAAAAUCUUCACAGAACAUCAGGGGAAAUGUGCACAGGGCUUGGCAGGCCCCAUGAGGUGGGAAGCAGCUCCCCUAGGCAUGGAAAAUGACACGGAAUGGGUUGCAAUGGGAGAGCUGCCCAGUGUGGGGGCAAUGCGUGGUGGCAGCUCUGUGGGCAGACCCUGCGCGGGGUGCUCCUGUGCUCUGCAAUCUGUCAUCUUUCAGUACGACUACAUGGGAGCAGACAAACAUGUGGUGACAACGAAGAUGGUGCAGCUUUUCAGCUACGUGAACAGCAUGUUUGCUCGCCUCAACCUGACCAUAGUGCUGACUUCCCUGGAGCUCUGGACAGAAAAGAAUAAGAUCCAAACCAUGGGAGCUGCUGAAGAGUUACUGCAGAGAUUUCUGCAGUGGAAAAGCACACAUCGUACCUCGCAGCUGCAGGACAUAACAUUCCUGUUUGUCUACAGGGAGCAGUCCCAUUCCAUGGGAGCAUCCUCUGCAAGGAAGCUGUGCCUCAAGGACCGCGCUGGAGGAGUAGCUUUGUACCCUCAUGCCACAACACUGGAGGUGUUCUCAGUGGCCGUGGCUCAGCUGCUUGGGCUCAGCCUGGGGAUGAGCUACGAUGACACCGGGAGCUGCGGCUGUGUGGGAGCCACCUGCAUCAUGCAGAGCAGCGCAGUUCACUCAGCUGGCGCCAAAGCCUUCAGCAACUGCAGCAUAAGAGACUUGGAGCGUUUUCUCACCUCUGGAGAAGGGCAGUGCCUGCUGAACAGGCCACUUGUGAACGUGUCCUACAAAGCUCCAGUGUGUGGCAACAAAGUGGUGGAGCUGGGAGAGGCCUGUGACUGCGGGUCGGUGGAGGAGUGCCGGCGUGAUCCCUGCUGCACUGUGGGCUGUAAGACAAGGAAAGGGGUGCAGUGCCUGUCGGGGCCGUGCUGCUCCAGGUGCAGGUUUAUGAAGAAAGGCACCCUGUGCAGAACUAGCUCUGAGGAUGAAUGCGAGCUGAAGGAGUAUUGCAAUGGCACCUCUGGGGCGUGCGCACCCAACCUGUGGGUCAUGGAUGGGCAUCCCUGCAGGCAGAACACUGCCUUCUGCUACAGGGGGGUGUGCCAGACCGCUGACAAGCAGUGCCAGGAGAUCUUUGGCAAAGAUGCCAGAAACGGACCCUUGGCCUGCUAUGAGGAAGUCAAUGGCCAAAGGGACAGAAUGGGGCACUGUGGCUCUGAUCGCAGUGGUUACCACAGCUGUGCCUGGAGUGAUCUCCGCUGCGGGAAGCUCAUCUGUGAGUACCUGGGCACUGUGCCCUUCACCAAGGAGAAGGCUGCCGUGGUUUACGUGCGGGUGCAGAACGUGCUGUGUGUCACACUGGACUACAUGCAGCCUCGCACAGAGAGGGACCCCAUGCUGGUGAGGGAUGGCAGCGUUUGUGACGACCGUAAGGUCUGCAUGGGACAGAAGUGUGUGUCUGCUGCUGCCUUGAACUACAGCUGUGACAUAAGGAGAAAAUGCCACGAUCACGGUGUGUGUGACAGCAAAGGGGAUUGCCACUGUGAUGUUGGCUGGAAGCCCCCAGAUUGCAGGGAGAAAGCAGUGUCACGGGGAGGGAGCAGCGAGAGUGGUGAGCCCCGGAACAAGAGCUCACUGAAGACAUGGCAGCUUCUCACCUUGUGUCUCAGUGUGCCCAUCCUCCUUGGGCUCAUCUUCGUGGUGAUAAAGAGAAAGGAGCUGAAGCAAUGUCUGUCCACAGAGCAGCCACAAGAAGAGAAGUUUGAGGAAAGCACUGACAAGGAAAGGAGCACAGUGGAUGCGUAGCAUCACAGCUGGAAAGGCCUUUAAGGAUCUUGCCCAAUUCGUGGGUGUCUGUGAUGAUCUUGUGAAUGGAGGCAGCAGCAGCAGCAGCAGCAUGGACCCCUGGGCAGGGGGCUGGAGUCUGUGUGAGGGACACUGAAAGGCCGUGUCCUUUGUGUUGUGUCCUCGUGUGUGUUGUUCAA